AGAGUAAUAUUCGACACAAAAUGAAAACAAUUGUCCUUAUUGUCACAGUGGCUGCAUUGGCCUUCGUUAAUGCACAAAAAUACACAACUAAAUAUGAUAAUGUUGAUCUUGACACUAUAAUCAAAAGUGACCGGUUGCUCUUAAAUUAUGUUAAUUGUCUCUUGGAGAAAGGAAAAUGUACUGCUGAUGGAUUGGAACUUAAAAAGGUUUUGCCAGAUGCCCUGUUGACCGAUUGUUCAAAAUGCAGUGACGCUCAGAAAAAAGGAAGCAAGAAAAUAAUCCGACACCUUAUUGACAACAAACCUGACUGGUACACCGAAUUAGAAGCUAAAUAUGACAAAGAUGGAACAUACAAGAAGAAGUAUGAACAGGAAAUUAAAUCAGAUUAGUAACAGAUUAGAGUAGGUACUGAAAUUGUAAUCAUUUUACACGUACGUAAAUAAAUUUUGUGAUAUAAAUGUGAAACUAAUAAAAUUUUAUUCG